AUGGCGGCCAGGUCGCAGCGGCUGGUCGUCGCUCUCCUGUUCAUCUUCAGCGGCGUUUUAAGCUUUCCUCUCGGCCAGGAAACCAAACCGACUGCAACCUGCGGAUACGAGUGGAAACGCAGCGUGUUCUGCACGGUGAGUGUCAUCGUCUUCUUGUGUGUGGUAAUAGCUAAGGCGAGAUCAUCUGCACUUGUGUGUUUGUCUAUCUGUGUAGAUCGUAAUGACAUCCAGCAUGCCGGGGUGCAGUACAUCCUGGACUCAGUGGUGGAUCAGCUACUGAAGAAUCCAGACCGGAGGUUCAUCUAUGUGGAGACGGCGUUCUUUUACCGCUGGUGGAAACAGCAGAGCUCCAGCAUGCAGCAGACCGUCAAGAAACUGGUUAAUGAGGGCCGUCUGGAAUUUGUGAAUGGCGGCUGGUGCAUGAGUGACGAGGCCACCACGCACUACAGCGCCGUCAUUGACCAGAUGACCAUGGGCCUGAGGUUCCUCAAUGACACUUUUGGGCCUUGUGGUCGCCCUCGUGUCGCCUGGCACAUCGAUCCCUUUGGCCACGCCCGCGAACACGCCUCCAUGUUUGCACAGAUGGGGUAUGACGGCUUCUUCUUUGGUCGCCUGGACUACCAGGACCGGGCUCGCAGGAAGAAGGACAAGGAGCAGGAGCUUUUGUGGAGGGCCUCUGACAGCCUCACACCACCCAUGGCUGACCUCUUCACCGGGAUUCUUCCCAACGGGUACAACCCUCCUGAAGGAUUUUGCUGGGACCAGUCGUGUGAUGACCCACCAAUCAGAGAUGACCCUGACCUGGAGGACUAUAAUGUUGAUGAUGUGGUGAGGCGCUUCUUCGCCAUCGCCAAUAGUCAGGCUACAGUGUAUAAGACCAAUCACAUUAUUAUGACCAUGGGCUCAGACUUCCAGUAUGAGAAUGCCAACCUGUGGUACAAGAACCUGGACAAGCUGAUCCACUACGUGAACGCCCUGCAGGCGAAUGGCAGCAAAGUCAACGUGCUCUAUUCUACCCCCUCGUGUUACCUUCAGGAGCUGCACAGAGCAAACCUCACCUGGGCGUUGAAGAUGGAUGAUUUCUUCCCCUAUGCAGACAACGCUCACAAUUUCUGGACCGGCUACUUUACCAGCCGACCUGCACUGAAACGUUAUGAGAGGAUCAGCAACAGCAACCUGCAGACUUGUAACCAGCUGGAGGUACUUAGUGGUCCGGCCUCCAGGAAGGGACCCUUUGGGGAGGGCGACAGCCAGACCAUGAAGAAAGCCAUGGCGGUGGCUCAGCACCAUGACGCAGUGUCGGGCACAGAGAAGCAACACGUAGCAAACGACUACGCCAGGAGGCUAGCUAACGGCUGGCAACAUUGUCAGGUUUUGGUCAGUAACAGUCUGGCUGCUCUGAGUGGCUCAUCUGCUGAGCGAAUGUACUGUGACAACCUCAACAUCAGUGUGUGUCCUCUCACCGAGUCCAGCAAAAAGUUUUCAGUCAACGUUUACAACCCUCUCGCUCGCCCAGUCACUUGGCCGGUCAGGCUGCCGGUGAAUGGAACAGCAUACGUCGUCUCAGAUGCUAACGGCAAAUCUGUGGACUGCCAGGUGGUUCCCGUGUCCGCAGCCACCCGGGAGGUGAGGAGAAACCGGGGCUUCGCUGUCAACGAGCUGGUCUUCCAGGUACAGGCUCCACCUCUUGGCUUCACCACCUACUCUGUGUCCCUGCUUCAGGACGGGCCCCCGCCUGCCUCAACGCAGCACCGCACGCCCACGGCCAUCCAGAACAAGUUCCUUCGUGUGACCUUUGACCCCGACACCGGCCUCUUGAGCAGCCUCAGCAACCUGGAGACCAAACAGACCAUCAAACUGACACAGAAUUUCUACUGGUACAACGCCAGUGACGGUAACAAUUCACAGAGUGACCAGCCUUCAGGUGCCUACAUCUUCAGACCCAACUCCUCCACACCCUUCCUCAUCAGCAAGACGGCCAAGACGGAGACCAUUCAGACCUCUGGUGUGCAGGAAGUGAGGCAGUGGUUUGCUCCCUGGGUGUCUCAGGUGGUUCGUCUCUAUACCGACAGCAAAGCUCUGGAGCUGGAGUGGACAGUCGGACCGGUGCCCAUUGAUGAUGACCUGGGGAAGGAGGUGAUCACCCGUCUAGACACCAGUAUUAAAACCUCCCAAUAUUUCUACACUGAUUCCAACGGCAGAGAGAUGCUGCAGAGGAACUCCACCGCCGGCUGUUGUACGAUGACGUCCGUGGCGUUGGCGAGCCUCUCAACGAAUCCUCUAGCAUAUUCCCAAAGGGGCUGGUGGUCCGAGGCAGCCUCCUGCUCUCCUUAGACCGCCCGCCCAGCGCAGCUGACGCACACCGCCCCCUGGCCCAGGAGGUGGUACUGCAGCCGCUGCUGACGUUCACUGAUGGAGACCUGCACCCAAACACUCAACUGGAGUUCUCUGGGCUGCAGGCCGCGCUGCCCCCUGCUGUGCACCUGCUCACACUGACGCAGUGGGACAAAGACUCAGUGCUGCUGAGACUGGAGCAUCAGUUCCAGAGCUGGGAGAGCAAACUGAACUCACAGCCCGUCACCGUCAACCUGCAGAAGUUGUUUUCCACUCUGGAGGUUCUGGGCGUGUCUGAACUAAACCUGUCAGCCAAUCAGUGGAAAGACGAGAUGAAGCGUUUUCAUUGGACACCAAUGACAGAGGAGAGGCCCCUGCUGAAGAUGUUCGAGGACCCCUCCAUAUGGGAGGUGACCUUGAGGCCAAUGGAGAUCCGAACCUUCCUGCUAAGAGUCAGCCUGAGAUAGCCAAUCACACGCCUCAGGUUUUUUUCUUACAGAUGAAUUAGCAAUGCAAUUUCAAUCAAAUUUCCUGUGGCCUCUCGCUUGUGUUUGAUUCCAUCAGGCGAGGCCAGUUUUACACCAAUUACAAAAUGUAAGGAUUAAAAGGGUUUCUGUUUACAAAGAACAACAGGCUGGGGUCACAUGGCUUGCAACUUGAGUUUUAGUGUGAAUGCAGGGAUAGACAACACUACCCAGGGCACAAAAAUCCUGUGGCCAGACAUACUUGGGCUGGGAUUCCAGAAACAUGUCAAGGUCAGGUUUGUUCUACUUAGUAGAAAUAAAGCAGAUCUUGAGAUGUUUUUGGAAACCCAGCUGUGGUUCUGAAUUAACCAAGAAAGCCAAUCCUCCUCAUGGCUUUUCAAACAGAGAUAUGAUUACUACUUAGUGACACUGAAUGUCUGAACAUAACCCUCCUUUGAGACAUCCUGUACAGUAUGUACAGAACUUGCUGAAGCUGCCUUUUAUACUACAGACACAUCAAUACCAAAUCACCCAAAAACUGACUUUUUAAGCAGAUUCUUUCAGCAAAUGCACUUCACACAAAUCCUUAAAUGACAAAACUGGUGCCAACUUGUUCUGACUGCCUGACAUGUACAGUUAACCUUUGUAUUUCUGCCAUUAUGUGUAUAUAUAUAUAUAGUUUGAAAAUUUUAUACUGAUCGACAAACAGCUGAUAAUAAAGUAUAUUAUUCUUACUUUGUUUUACCUUGCACGUUACUGUUACAGCCACAUACCCACAGACAUACUGAUGCCUGUUUUCUCUUAUUUUAUUAUCUGUGUUGCACCGCCAUCAGAGACCCUUCAAAUACAAUGAAAGUUACGAUUGCUACCUGCACUGUUUUGUGGAAUACAUUUACAGCAAUUAAAAACCUUUUUUAAAAAUCA